AUGAUGCCAUGGUUUGGUGUUAUCUAUGAGGACCACGAGCGGAUGGAAACUGCUGAAGCCGGGACAUGGAGCAAAAUUGACGACGCCUAUCGGGAUAUGCGAUUAGCUCCCCGAAAGCCAUCAGGAGAAUCGAGUCAGAAACGUGCAGUCAGAGACCUCCCCUCGUUCCUAGGGGUAUCCCACCUUACCGGUCUCGGGGAUCUCUCCGAUGCGCUGCGCGGGAGAAUUAAGUGGUCUGGAUGGCCUAUUGUUACUGAACUCGAAGCCCUCUUCGGAGAGGACAGACAGGCCGCGCAUAAAUAG